ACAUCAUUCAACAUGGGGUCCUCUCAGUCCGUUCCUAGUACAUCCGAGAUCACUUAUGCAUCCGAUCACGCUUCCAACGUGAAGGAGUAUAAAGCUAGUACUAAGAACGGACCGAAAACUCAACCCAUGGAACAAACCAACCAGAUCUCCAUCAUUUCCGAGAAUGAAGAUUCCGACUUCUCGGUUGUGAGCGCCGAAUCCGAUUACUCCUCCGAUGAGGACGAAGAUUUCGACUCGGACGACGAUGGUACGUACGAAUGAUGAUGAUACUCAUGUUGAUAAGAUCUUUACUAUGAACCGUUCCACGAUUGAUUCGGCAUUGGCUCGUCUGACCUUCUCACGUUGCAUUGGUUUCAUCAAUCCUUCAUCCUAAAUCCGCAACAGAAGACGAGGCUGAGCGUCGCAUGAUCUUGGAAGAAGCCAGACAACUCAAAGAGAUGGCUGGAUUCUUCUUGCGCCCAGAAGCCCCUGUAGCAAGCGAUCCCACGGCCUGUGCCCGUUGCUACUUUUCUCGUUACUCGGCCCCUACCGCUUCCGAAGGUGAAUUGGAAGACGAAAUGGAACGCAAGCUCAUCUUGGCAGAUGCCAAGAACCUCAAGGAGCUUGCCGACUUUUACCUGCACCCCGAAAAGCCUGUGGUAUCCACCGACGCUACUGCUUGUGGAAGAAACUUCUUCACUCGCCCUUCUGCUCCCGAGUAUGAGGAUGAUGAAGAUGACAUCGACGAGGAACGAGAGCUCAUCCUUGAAGAGAUGAAGCAAUUGAAGACCACUGCUGGAUGGUACAUGCAUCCAGAGAAGCCAGUUGCAGUUGACUCCACUGCCUGYGGAAGAAACUUCUUCACCCGACCUUCAGCUCCUAUCUCCGAGGACGAAGAGGAACGYGAGCUCAUCCUUGAAGAGAUGAAGCAAUUGAAGACCACUGCUGGAUGGUACAUGCAUCCAGAGAAGCCAGUUGCAGUUGACUCCACUGCCUGUGGAAGAAACUUCUUCACCCACCUUCAGCUCCUAUCUCCGAGGACGAAGAGGAACGUGAGCUCAUCCUUGAAGAGAUGAAGCAAUUGAAGACCACUGCUGGAUGGUACAUGCAUCCAGAGAAGCCAGUUGCAGUUGACUCCAC